AUGGACAGGAACACCAUUGAUACUUCAAGUGGUGGAACUCUAGUAAAUAAGAUGCCAGAACAAGCUUGGGAUCUUAUUGCGAGGAUGGCUGAAAACACGCAACAGUUUGGUUCGAGGGACAUUGGACAGGCGAGCGGAAACAACAACGAUCAUUCUAUCCAAUCAAUGAAGCAACAACUUUCUGAGCUGACAAGCUUUGUGCGCAAGAUGGUCGUGGAAAAAUCUAACCCCGAGUGUCCAGGUCAAGGCACCCAGACCGCCUCUCUCUCUCUCUCCUUCUCUUUUUUUUCUUCUCUCCUCCGUCUCGCCGAACCCGUCGCCCUCCUCUUCUUCUUCUUCUCUGAUACCCCAGCGACGAUAGCCACCAAACCAGAACGCCUCCAUCUCGACUCCGCCGUGAUCCUCCCUGUCUUUUUCCUCCCCGCCUUCGCCGAUCGUCUUCUGCACAGACGAUCUCCGCCAAUCCAGCCGCACACCGCCGCCUCCUCCCGACGCCACCGCCGAUUGCCCACCGUCCCCCGCCGUCCUUCUUCUUCUUCUUUUUCUUCUUCGUCUUCUUCCUUUUUCCCCUCCCUCUCCGCCGCGAUUCCGCCCUCCGGCGCGACUCCUUCCAGAGUCGCCGUUUUCGUCCGAACCAAGAUGCUCUCUGCCUCCGACGCCGUGAUCCAACCGUCAACUGCCUCUGCCUUGGUCGCGCCACCAAGCUGCGUGAGUCCAGCCGCCUCCGUCGUCCAACCACCGCCUCACUCCACCGCACAGCAAUCGCGAUUAGGUCUUUUGGAAACUAAUUACUGGCUCUUGGCGUAGGCGCAUCGAUUUUCUUAUAUCUCGGAAAAAAAAAAAAAGAAAACAAUUCAGGCCAAGAGGUGACUAUUAAUCAUGGUCAUGACUAAUUGGCACCUCCCAUACUGUUUUUUCACCCAACCUUCCUUUACCCAUUUUGAAUAAGAGAUAUUGUUUAGUCAUAAUCAUGACUAAACACCCCCGACAUAGUGCUUGCCUUCUUUAGCCCUAUCAAAGUUUAAACCCUAAAUUAAAUUUAAUUCCCAAACCAUCCUGAAUCGCUAGACCGGCCUACCUCUUUCUCUUCGCGAAGCCGUCCGCGCACACAGCCGACGACGACAGCACCGGUGACUCCAUCCUCUAUUCCUCCCUUUUUCUUCUCCUUCUCCAGCCGACGACCACCCUCCACCCUACCUUCCACCGCGAUCUCCCAGCCAUCGUUGCGCGGCCCCACCGCCGAACCGGUUCGAUCAAACCGAAUCGCGGCCGCGACCCUACCACUGACGCCGCAGCGACAUCCCUUACCAAACGGGUUCUCCACCCCGUCAACCGACCCGAACCGAACCGCCCAGUCCCCCUUCCCCCUCGUCUUCUUAUUCUUCCUCCAGCCUUCGCCAACUUCUUCCGCCAGACCGCUCCAGCCGCCAGCGUCGCUGUCACGACCGCCACCUUCAUCCUCCAACCGAACUAGACCAAGCCGCUCCAGCCGCUGAUCGUUUCUUCAGCCGCCGACCGGGCGACACCAGCCAGCACAGCCCGCCACGUCGACUCCUGCUCGCCCAAACACCAAUCCGGAAAUUUGGUAAUAUCUCUCCAUCUUUUUGCUGCUUUUAAUUUUGAUAUGUGCUGCAUAAAUUUAAUCGAUUUGAUUUUCUGCAAUGGAACUUGAAGUUGAUUUGUGGUUGAUUAUUUUCUUUAAUUAUUGGGAUAAAUUGGCUUGGCUCACUACAAUUGGUGUUCUGGACUUGAAAGUGAAAUAGAAUUUUUUGAUGCUAAGAGAAUUUUCUGUAAGUUUUUGGGUGCAAUUGAUUGCAGAUUGUGGUUAUACAUUUGAUUUUGAUUGAUCAUAGUCAAAUUGCAUCUUAAUCUUUUGUUGGAUAUCUUCUUGUGGUUUGGGACACUUGCUUUAGUUGGACUGAAAAUUGAAUUCUCGUGGAUUCUCGAUGCUAUUUUCUUAUUUACUCGUGUGCUAUGAUGCUUCUUUUGUGUCUAAAUUGAGAAAAGCAUUUGACUAGUCCAUCACUAUCACUCUUUUUCUUUGGAUAGUUGCUUCGGCUAGUUUGUUUUUGCAGAACUCGUGAGACACUUCAAGCCUUGUUUAAAAGUGGCACAUGACCAAAUGAUAAAGCGUUGGCAAGGCAAACAUGGAACACACUGUCGCACCCCUUGGAAUCCAGGGAAGUUCUUUUCUUUUCUUACUUUUUCUUUACAUUGAGGACAAUGUAUGCUUUAGGUGUGGGGAGAGUGAUGCAAAACUAUUGGGCAAAAUUUUCAUUCCGUUCUACUUUUAAUGUCUGAUUUGUUGUCCUUUUACAUGUUUUUGCGAUUAGUUUGAAUGAGUCAAAUGUGAUUUGUGUGAUAGGUGUGUCUAGCAUGACUAAUGACAUUUGUUUGGUGAUAUGUUGAGUCAUGUCGACGUUUAAACCCUGUGAGAUUUGAGCCUAUGUUCCAAAAGUUACAUUCGAAAAUAAACUUAAUAUUCAAGCUUUUGGAAUUUUUUUCAUGUGUGAUUUGUAAUGCUCAAUUAGAUGACCUAGAAUUUGAGUGAUUAUGCAUGUUGAACUUGCAACUAUCAAGUCUUGCAUUUUGGAAAUGAUAAGGGCAUUAGGUAACCCAAUUAAGUCUUUCGUUAUCACCUAGCACAAUAAUUUUUUCCAUUUAGCCCAUUUGAGUCUUACCCUAUUUUUCUUCUAUAAUAACCGUUUUUUAGCUUAAUACCCUUCUUUUGAUUAAGCCUUCUCCGAUUUGAACCCUAUGUUAGAAAGAAUUACUUUAAGUUUAUAUUGUGAUACACUUUAUUUCUUCGGCACUAAUUAGAAACAAAAUUUGGGUACGAAUAACUCAUAGUAUGCUGGAAUGAUUAUGGGUAGUAAGGUAUCUUUAUAUAAAGGCCAAAAGACCAAAAAAAAUGAAAAAAGAAAAGAAUAAAAAAAAAACAAAAAGAAAAAAAGAAAAAAAUAA